CUUUCUCCCAGGACUCUUGUUUGUUCCCUCGGGUUCUGUGUGUUGGAUGGUGGGAGCAAGUGCGGGAGCGGGGUGUGUGUCCGGAGUUAGCCAGGCCGGGCUGAGCUCCAAAAAAGGGAUCAAGAUCUCAAGAUUCCCGUCUCCUACCCCAAUCCUGCUGAUCUUUGGGAAGGAGAGAAAGGAAGAAAUUAACUAGUAACUAGAUAGAUAGAUACACAGAUAGAUGUGUUUGUGUUUCCUCUUUGUUCCAUGACAUGUAAUUUUAAUUUUUCCGGGCAUGGAAACAUUUGCUUCUCCUGGGAAAGUGAAAAUCACUUCAGAUUGAGAAGAGAAAAAGCAGCCCUGCCAUUAGUCAGGCAGUGAGAGAAGAGACCGAAAAACCAGCUGCAAAGUUAAUAAAAAAUAUUAUUUCUCCCCAAUUCAUGCAGCAAUUGUAUAAUGCCAUAACGUCUUCUUUGAGAGAUUGCAGCUUUUUACCAAUGGCCAGGCCCACUUUGCUAUUUUUAUUUAUUACUGGGGAUGCCCAAUUGCUAGGCAACCCUCCAUUCAUGGUAGCACUCAGUCUCCGAUUAAUCCCUGGCUCACCAGAUCUCAUCUCAGAAACAGCAACCAUUCCAGAAUUUUUCCCCGCUUGCCUAGAUCCUCAAAAUCUUUCAGUUGGAACUCAACCCUUUACAAAAGAGCUCCCCCCACCCAUUGCAUUCCAAGCAUUCAUGUGGAAUUUCGUCUCGCUCGAGUCAAAAAAUUGAUUUUGUCGGACUAUACAGGCUUGUUCCAGAUUUGGCUUAUCUGGACUCUAGUUCUCCAACAGAGAAAUCUUGAAAAGGACUGACCACUUCUUGUGUUUUGAAACCAUGGCCCAUGGUUCAGUGACAUUCAGGGACGUGGUCAUAGACUUCUCACAGGAAGAAUGGGAAUUCCUGGACUCAGCUCAGAGGGACUUAUAUAGGGAUGUGAUGUGGGAGAAUUAUAACAACUUCAUCUCACUAGCAGGACCUUCUAUUUCUAAGCCAGAUGUGAUUACCCUAUUGGAUGAAGGGAAAGAGCCCUGGAUGGUUGUGACGGAAGGGACAAGAAGACAAUACCCUGAUUUGGAGUCCAGAUACAGAACCAAUAUGUUAUCUCCAGAAAAGGACAUUUAUGAAAUAUAUUCAUUCCAGUGGGAGAUAAUGGAAAGAAUUAAGAGCUAUAGUUUUGAGGACUCCAUUUUUAGACAUGAUUGGGAAUGCAAAAACAAGAUUGAGGGGCAAAAGGAACCACUAGAGGGAUAUUUUGGGCAAGUGAAAAUUACUUCUGAAAAAAUAGCCACAUACAAAAAGCAUAAUUUUCUUGCUGAAUAUCAGAGAGUGCAUAAUGGAGAAAAGUUAUAUGAAUGUAAGGAAUGUAGGAAGACCUUUAUUCGUCGCUCAACACUUAGUCAACACCUGAGAAUUCAUACUGGUGAGAAACCUUAUAAAUGUAAGGAAUGUGGGCAGGCAUUUAGACAGCGUGCACACCUUAUUCGACAUCACAAACUUCAUACUGGUGAGAAACCCUAUGAAUGUAAAGAAUGUGGGAAGGCCUUUACAGUGCUACAAGAACUAACUCAACAUCAGAGACUUCAUACUGGUGAAAAGCCCUAUGAAUGUAAGGAAUGUGGAAAGGCCUUUAGAGUACAUCAACAACUUGCUCGACAUCAGAGAAUUCACACUGGUGAGAAACCCUAUGAAUGUAAAGCAUGUGGGAAGACCUUUAGGCAGUGUACACACCUAACUCGACAUCAGAGACUUCAUACCGCUGAGAAGCUCUAUGAAUGUAAGGAAUGUGGAAAAUCCUUUGUAUGUGGUCCAGACCUUAGAGUGCACCAGAAAAUUCAUUUUGGAGAGAAACCCUAUGAAUGUAAGGAAUGUGGAAAGGCUUUUAGAAUAUGCCAACAACUUACUGUCCAUCAGAGUAUUCAUACUGGUGAGAAGCCCUAUGAAUGUAAAGAAUGUGGGAAGACUUUUAGAUUAAGGCAACAACUUGUUCGCCAUCAGAGGAUUCAUACUCGUGAGAAGCCCUAUGAAUGUAUGGAAUGUUGGAAGACUUUUAGUAGUUACUCACAACUUAUUUCACAUCAGAGCAUUCAUAUUGGGGAGAGACCUUAUGAAUGUGAAGAAUGUGGGAAAGCCUUUAGACUGCUCUCACAACUUACUCAACAUCAGAGUAUUCAUACUGGUGAGAAACCUUAUGAAUGUAAAGAAUGUAGAAAACCUUUUAGACUGCUCUCACAGCUUACCCAGCACCAGAGUAUUCAUACUGGUGAGAAACCUUAUGAAUGUAAGGAAUGUGGUAAGGCUUUUAGACUUUAUUCAUUUCUUACUCAACACCAGAGAAUCCAUACUGGUGAGAAACCUUACAAAUGUAAGGAGUGUAAGAAGGCAUUUAGACAACAUUCACACCUUACUCAGCAUCAGAAAAUUCAUAAUGGAAUUUAAUACAAGAAAGCUUUUAUGUUACAGAACAAAUUCAUUUUUGAGAGAAUAUUUCAUGCUCACAACUAAGCAUAAAUUUUUAUAUUACAAAAAAGAUUUGCUUUAAAAGCCUAUCACCAUUCAAACAUUAUUUUAUCUUCAGCAAAUUCAUACAAGAGAAUAAUGUAAUGAACAUAGGAAAAUAUCCAGCAUUAUCAUCAUCUCCAUUUCCCUAUUUUAUUACCAGUAUGUUAUUGGACAAGGUACUUACACUUCUGUGCCUCAUUUUGCUCACUUGUAAAAUGGUGAUAAUUGUACAUAUGUGUAUUAGUUAUUUAUUGCUUUGUAGUAAAUUACCACAAACAUAGAAGCCUAAAAUAAUACACAUUUAUCAUCUCACAUUUCCCAUAGGUCAGGAAUCUGGGCAUAACUUAGAUGAUCCUCUGCCUCAGGGUCUCUCACAAGGCUAGAAUCAAGGUUUCAGCCAGGGUUGGGUCUCAUCUGAAGGCUCCACUAGGGAAAGGAUCUGUUUCCAACCUCACAUGGUUGUUGGCUGAAUUAAUUUCCUUGAGGACCACUGCACUGAGGUCCUCAGUUUCUAGCUGGCUGUUGGCUGAAGGCUGACCUCAGUUCCUUGCCACAUGGGCUUCUUCAGCAUGGCUGCUUGCUUCAUCAAAGUGUGCAAGCCAAGAAGCCAGUAGAAUCUGCUGAUAUCAUAGGAGUUAUCAUCUUGUGUAAUCUAAUCACCAAAGUAGAUUUCAUUUAGUACCAUCUCAUCACCUUUUCUGUCUUCUACUCGUCAGAAGCAAGUUACUGGGCCAUCCUAUACUCAAGGGAAUAUGAUUACACAAGAAUGUGGAUAUCAGGAGGCAAGAAUCAUUGAAGGCCAAUUAGAGUCAGCUUGCCAAGCUGUAUAAUAGGAUUGUUUUAAGGAUUAAGUAGUUAAGACUUGGAGAAAUGCCACAUAGCAUGUCUUCUGUAUAUAUUAUCUAUAAUUAUUACAUUAGCAUUAGUGAACUCAUAUGAAUGGAUAUCCUGUAGAAUACAUGUAGAAAUGCCUCUUGUCACUACUUAGUACUUAACAAGAUAAUUUAUGCUGAAUAAAAUCUAGGAGGUUACAUGAGAGGCUGUUCAUCACGAGCUGCAUCAGUGAUGAUUUCAUGUUGAAAAGAAACUACAAAUUUCAUAAAAGGUUAAGAGUGCAAUUGUUGAGGAAUCAAAGAAGUGUGAAAUUAUUUUCUCAUAAUAAAUUUCAAAAAAUAAAUGUUUUACAAUUCCUAUUGUUUGACCACUGUUCAAGAUGAAUUAGAAACUAUCAAAAAGAUAGCAAAAGGGAAAUUAGUCACUUGGAAAUACAGUGUGUGUGUGUGUGUGCAUAAAACCCUUGUAUAAAAAAAAUUCCAUUAUAGUCACUAUACUUUUUAAAGUUAAAGUAUCAUUCAUAUACAAUUUCUUGUUGGUUUCGAUUAUACAACACAGUGUUUCAACAGUUACCAAUAUUAUUAAGUCCUCACACUCUAGCGCAGUCACUAUCAACAUAGUAAGAUGCUAAAGGAUCAUUAACUGUAUUUGUUCUGUACUCCUGUCCCUGUGACCAACUUACGUUGUGAUUGUGAAUUGUAUAGUUGAUACAUUUUUUGAUGCUUAAAUUAUCCCAUCUCCAACCAGUGGGAAUUGGGUUUUUUGACGUGAUCUCAUUAGUAGUUUGAUAGUUUACUUGGUUCAGCUGCACAGUUUGGUCAGCUAUGGGAGAUGCUUGGGCACCAACUCAUUCUGAAAAUUGAUAAAUAAGGGCAAAAAAUAACACAUUUUGGUUUUUCCAUGUGAACCAUGUUUCAGGGCCACCAGAAGCUUCUCAAAUGAAAGUUUUUUUUUUAAUUUAAAAGAUCUAACAAGUAACUAAAUACAGAAAUUUUGAUAGGAUUAGAAAAAUCACUAUUUUCUAGUUCCUGAAUGGAACAAUGGGUCCACAAAAUGAUCUUCAACCGGUAUUAAAACUAUUAGGUAAAAUAUUUUCUAGUGAAAACUUUAUACUAGAUCUGUCAAGCUCUGAGCCCUUUGAUAAGUGGGAGUAUCAGACAAUGUCCAUCUCCUGUUAUAAUGCAAUAGGAAGUACACAUCAUUAUCUAUGAAGCCUUAUUGUCAAAAUAAUGGACUGAAGGAACCAAACCUCUAAAUCAAAAUCUUUAAAACCAAGAAUUUGGGGAGUAGAUGAAGAGAGUAAGUAAGUGGCACCAUAAGGAAUCAGAUAAAUAGAUCCAGAAUAUGUAAGUUUUACAAAACAAUUGACCUGAUUCUUUCUAAUGAGUGGCAUGAAAAAAAGAAGGGAAACUGUUAACAAAAGAGACUUCAGAGACAUCAACUAAAUUCUGUGUGUGGGCAUUAGUUGGACCUAGUUUGAAGAAAAUAUAAAAGGACAUUUUGGAGACAGUAGGAGAAAUGUGGAUAUGCAGUAUUAGAUGUUUAGAAAUAUUAAUUUGUUAGGGAUGAUAACAUGGCUAUUAAAAAAAUAAAACUUACAUGCUACAGAUACAUACCUAUUAUGAAAUGAUAAAAUAUCCAGAUUUGCACUAAAAUACUCCAGCAAAAUAAAAAGAAUUGGCAAAGAGAGCUGGACAGUAGACUGGCAAAAUGUUGAUAAUUACUGAAGUGGAGUGGUUUGUUGAAGGGAUUCAAUGUUCUAAUUUUUUACUUUUUUAUGUUUGAAAGGUUCAAUAAAAAAUUUUAAAAUAAA